UGACGCGUGUUCUCGUGCAAGGAAGCCCCAGGAGUGGCGCGCCAAAUUUCAAAGCACUUCCUCCCGGGAGGACAGGAGGCGAAAAGCUGCACCGAACUAAGCGAACAACGGCGAUAAAAACCUGUAGAAACAAAACAUUUUAUUCAAAGUUUAUGAGCUGAAGCCGCUGGUGGAGCAGUCGACGGUGUUUUUUCGGCAGCUGGUUGAGGAAUAAUUCACAUAAAGAGGGAAUGCCAUUGUUAUCAGACAGCACUGCCAGGCUUCUCACCUGUGAGACGGCUGAUGUCAGGAGCCUGGGAUUUUAAUCUCACACACUUACACACAGGCUCAGAUGACAGCUGUUCAAAUUUGUUAAUUUUAAACGUCAGAACUCAGGCUAAAAGUCACGGCUGUCAAGUUUCUAUGGCAGGUUUGCUUUUCAUGGUUUUAAUAUUUACUGCACCUUUCCCAUUUAGUGGUAACACGCAGGCUGUCCACAUUACUAAAGAUCCUCUUACAGCCUCCACUCCACGGAGGAUUUCAUCUGUUUGAGCUCAUGACAGAGUGCAGUAGCUCAUGUCCACACUUCCCCAGUUUACACAGGGCUCCAUAUCCUCAUUAUUUAUUCAGGGCAAGGCGCAACAAGGCAUCUGCUUUACAUACUAAUGCAAACAACUGUUGCUCAAACAGCUGCACCUGCCUGUAACCAGGCCUGAGCUUAGAAUAUUUCAUCUAGCAGAUUCUUGCAAGUUCACAUGCCUUUAAUUUAACUUCUGUCCACUAGCAAAGAGUAUAUCCCACAAUGGAUCUUAACCUGCUGUAGCUCAGGGCCUGUCACAGAUAUUGUGUGGCCUCUGGGUGGGGUCAGGGGGGGUUCAGCGGUGGCAGACAAUCAAAGCCUUCAGUCAUGCUGUGCGGGGUACAGCCGUGCUUCCAGUUGCUGCGGAUCGGGUCGUCUGCAGGGGACUCGGCGAGGGACCUGUACACCUUUAGGCCGGCGCUGAGCCACUCGGUGUUCAGGCUGGGCCGGGCGGCGGAGCUGUGUGACGUCACGCUGGACUCCACCUCGGUGUCACGGAUCCACGCCGAGCUGCACGCAGAGAGGGAGGCGGGGGAAGAGGCGCUGCAGGAGGAGGGCUGGAUGGUCCACAUCAAGGACAGGAGCAGUCAUGGCACCUGGGUGAACGAGGUCCGCCUCCAGCCCGGCAUCCAAUGGGAGCUCUCAGACGGGGACACGCUGACCUUCGGGGGCCAGUCGGCUCCAGGGAGCCCCGAGUUCUACUUCCUCUUUCAGAAGGUCAAAGUUCGUCCGCUAGACUUCGAUGCCAUCACGAUUCCAAAGGCUGGCACCUUCUCCUCCGACCUUCAGAACCGGAUCAGAACCAACCAGGAGCGUAAAGCGGCCGCCAACCUGGACCUGUCCAAGCUGUCCAUCAACCGCUCCACCGUCAUCCUCAACUCCAUCGGCAGUCUAAGCAAGAUGAAGGGCAGUGCCUGGACCUUCAAGAGGAGCCACAGCAACGAGGGCACCGCCUCGGACCCCGGCUCCUCCUACUCCCCCCCCCUGGAGGUGGGCAUGUCCUCUCUGCUCCCGCCCUCCACGCCUCCAUCCUUCUCAGCUGUUUCAGUGCCUUCAUCAAAGUCCCAGCAGCCGACCUCCAGGAGCCGCAGGAAGUCGGCUCACACCGUGCUGCUGGAGGACGACAGCUCCGACGAGCCCAGGGGUCGAGGAGGAUCUGUGGAGGACGGACAGAGGUCGAGGGCGAAGAAGCGGCGGCGGCUCUACAAGUCUGAGUCGGAGACUUUCAGCCCCCCCCCUCUGCAGCUGCCGCCCCAGACCCACACCGACAUCCGGCGGCCCCUGGAGGCCAAGCCCUUCCCCGCCGGCAUCCGGACCAUCGGCAGUUUCCACGGCGCCAUGACCAACAGCCGUCUGAACCAGCACCUCCUCCAGGCGUCCUUCUCCAGCCCCACCGCCCACAAACAGGAAGUGCAGGCGGUGCAGCGCGUCCAGACGGUGACGCAUGGCAGCAUCGCAGCGUUCCGCCAGCAGAAGUCUACUCACUGCGCCCCCGCGCCGCAGAGGGGCCGGCGGAGGUCCCUCUGCUCCCCCGUGUUCUCCCCCCUGGUGGUGGGAGGGGAGAAGUACAGCCUGGCCUCCCCCUCAGUGAGGAUCUGCACCGAGGAGAGAGGCAGGGUGCAGUUCAACAGGUUCCACCACCCAGCAAGUAAGCGACGGGGCCGGCCCAGAAAGAACCCGCUCCCCCUCCAGCCUUCCCUCCCCUCUCCCUCCUCCUCGUCCUCCUCUUCCACCUCCUCUGCCUCCUCCUCCUCGGGCUCCUCCUCUUCCUCCUCCGAUGAGGACGACGAAGACGAGGAGGAAGAGGAGGAGACUACAAGCGGCGCGGUGGAGCCGUGCGCGGCCCCCCGCUGCCGCCUCCCUCAGCAGGACACGGUGCAGUGGAUCCAGUGUGACGUGUGUGACGCCUGGUUCCACAUAGACUGUCUGCACGUGGACCGCAAGAAGCUGCUGAAGGACCCCAACGCUGACUUCCACUGCGGCUGUCGCUGAGGGGGGGCGCACUGGUGGUGUAAAAUAAAAGGCCCCAGUUAGACUUUCCACAUUUACCCCAUUUAAAUCUGUAUUUCCUUUAGCCGCACCCGUGGAAAUCCUUUUAUUGAGGAUGCUAAUGGCAGGAAAAAGUCCCUGAUUACUCCAGCCUGAUGUCCCAAGUUUGAGCGUUUCUAAAGGUCCGACGGCAGCUCCAUGAACCUGCUGUCUGCUCAGUUUCUGGGCUUCGGUGUAAUGAAAUGUCUCAGGCGGGAUUUCAUUACGGCUUUGACUGCCUGGAGAGGUGCGGUCAGGGCGGGAAACAUGAUGAAAUGUUUCUGAGCAGCGUGGCUGUCGCUGACCAGAGGCUGAUGGAAUGUUUCAGGUCCACACGCAUUCAACUAUAUCGGAUGUCUGCCGCCUUCACUGUUUUAGCGGCGAUUGUUCAGGGCAGAAAGGACCUUCAGUGGACAUUUACGGAAAGAAACCUUCACACCCAUUGGGCUGUUUCCCCCCCCUCAUGAUAAACUCUGAGAUGUCUGUAGUGCAGCUGUCUGGGGAUCAGCGUACGUUGUUUCAGGACAAUUCAACGGCAGGAAGUGCGUCAGCAGACUUCCAUUGUGGCUGCUGAUGAGAGGCGCUUGAGGGAGGAUAAUCAAAUGUUUGAAGGCAGGAGCAGCCGCUGGAGUGUUUGUGCAGCUGUUGCUAUGGGACGUCAGGCUGACAGUGUGGCUGCUGCUUUGGAAGCACUCGUUACCAGGGAAAUGUCAUGAAAUAGCGUCCUCUGAUUUUACAGAACAAACAGAUUCAGAAGUGAUCGUCAGUGAUGUGUCUCUUAGUGGACACGUUCCUCCUGACUGAACUGUAACUGUACACAUAUCUGCUGCUUGAGUUGGACUGAAAUAAACAAACUCUCUAAAGCACCUUUUCUAUUAUUUAAAUCUGAUUGACAUGGACAAAAACUGUCCUUUUUUAAACGGCAACGUUUACCACCUUUUCAUGUAAUAGACUCAGUUCAGAUAAUGCUAGUGUUUAUCAAAAUGAUUCUGGGCUGAAGCUGUGUAAAUAAGCGUUUAUUUUUUGAUCUGAGAGGAAAUGUAGACUCUUGAGCAAUAAAAUAAGAAAAAAAAAACGUUAAGAUAUGUAUUUUUUGAAAAGUUGUAAUAAAUUAGACAUGAUUGGUUACAGUCGAUUCAAAUGUUGUUUCUGUGUAGCGUUGUGCAUGCCAGUAGCUGUCAAAGCGCUGUCACAAAAUAAGCAGGAAGUUGACUAAUCACUGAUCACUGGUUUGGGAUCAGUUUCUUUUUUUUAUUUAGUUGAUUCAUCUUAAUUAUUUUACAAGUGAGACCCAACAAAGUGUUCUUUGAGAUCCAUAAUCCUGUGUGUUUAUGGAUUUCUGUGUAUGAUAAAUGCACUUUCAUAACAUUACAAUGAAAAUAACCAACAUGUGAGGAAACACCACUUCAUUGCACUACUACUAUAUCAACUAUAUAGACGUUAACAAAGAAGCCUAAUAUCAGUGUUUAUUUUGAUGUAAAAGGAAAACAAAAUAGUCAGGUUUUCUCUGUUAUUUGUGUUUUGUAUGUCUCAUCACAUGUUGCAUAUUAUUUUUGUCUCUUGAGCUUUUUAAGAUAUGUAAAUGUGUUUAUGUCUUCCUCAUCUCAACCCUCGUCCUCACAUUGUCUCCAGCUUCACGUGAAAGUCUUAAUGAAGGAUGUAUUCCCAAGCUGCAGUUACACGUGAACUGUCGCUGAGAGUGCUACUUUUUAAUUGGGAGGAUUGGCAGUGUGACAGCAAUGGAACGGAGAAAAGGAAAAGCCAUAUUACGUGCAAAUGAAGCAUCUCUCACUACCAUUUGUUUACAUUAAGUUCUGUCAGAAAUAAAUGUGAGGCAGGAUGGACAACUUUAUUAAACCUGCAGGAAAAAUAUAUUCAUUUAUUAAGCAGAAAUCUGUCCUACAGUUUAUGAUUUGGUUACAAGCAAUGCAUUACAAAAAAGGUUAAGUAAGUAAAUAACAAUCCACAAAUAAAAAAUUAGUUAAAGGAAGGAUUUCUGCUUUAAAAUCAUUGUAUAUUUUUGUUUUUUGUUCAAGCAACUUUAAAAUAGCCCUUCUGGCUGCUCAUGGGCAUUUCUCAGAACGUCCUGAAUUGAAGUAGAUCAGUCAUCAGUUGACAAAUCAACGUUGUGUAUUGACAACCACAUUACUCUUUGCAAAUCUGAAAUAUGUCUCGUUUACAUUGCCUCAAAGACAUUAAACUGAGAUUACAUCCAGUUUGCGUUCAUAACACUGUUGAUGUUGAAUGUUUCGUGUGCCAUCAGCAUAUUGGAGCCUUAACAUGAAUCAUUGUGUUUACUGCUUGAUACCGGACUCUUAAGGUGGAAGGUUGUGUUUGUUUCUUAAGUCUCGUCAUGUUUGAUCUGUCCUUUUCUCAGCUUAAUACUGAAACAUCACUGGACUCUUCUUUUACGCUCUCACUCUAACCGUCACAUUUCAAAGCAGAAACACUUCGAUGUUUUGCGGGGUUGUACAGAAUUGUCAUUUUCCUCUGAGAUGCCAUCAGCAUCAAAGUUAUCUGGGAAGAAUUAAAAAAUAUUUUCAAAA